UGCUUUAGGCAUCCUAGAAGAAAUUAAUCUAUCAACAGGGCGCAAAAAUAACUUUAGUGAAGCUGCUCUGGAAAAGCUACUUGAUAACAAUCUUUCCCAAAAGUACAGCCAGAUGGGAUAUUUAUCAUCAAGUAACAUCAUUACUGAUGGAUUCUAUGAUUGUGGUCAGAUAAAACCUGGAGCGAAAUUUUUAUCUUUGGAGGAACUGAGCAUGCAAGAGCUUACUGACCGUCGGGCCAUAAUCUUCAUUAAUGCUAAACCACGAGAAGAUGUCCUUGCAGUAGAGGAGAAGGCACAAGAUUCCUCUUAUGAACAGACUAUCUUGUCACCUUGUAUUUCAAGAAAAGGCAGUAGAGAAAAAGCAAGUUCAAUGGUAUCUCCAGUGGAGGAAAAGCAGGAGUUAUCUGGACAAUGGUCUUCACUGAGCAAAAGCAGCACUAGAGAAAAAGGCUUAAGAAAAGGGAAGGGGAAAAAAGAAGAGGAAAGAAUGAAAGAAGUUAUUCAGAUUAUAUAUAAAGUCCAGGAUGAAAUAAAUCUAGAAAAUUCACAUUGGCUACCACCACCUGACUUCAUUUUAUUGGAUUACAUCAAUGAUGCUUCCAAAACCAUUCUACCACUAACUACUACCCGGGAGCAGGUUGUGGCUCUUGCACAGUUUGUUGCAGACAAGAUGGGUGGCCCGAUUGAAAGAGACAAACUACAUGACUUCAGCUGGGAACUUCACAUAAGUGAAAUAGAAUUUGAGCUGAAAUGCAAUGUUGUGCCUGUUGGGAAAGUCAAAAAAGGGACGUUCUACCACAGGGCUUUACUUUUCAAGGUGAUAGCAGACAGAAUUGGCAUUGGCUGUAGUUUAGUUCGUGGCGAGUAUAACAGAGCUUGGAAUGAAGUUAAAGUGGUUGAUGACUCUCCUCAAGGAAUAGCUGGGCUUCUGCUUCCUCCUCAAGAGUAUAUUGUAGAUCUAAUGUUUGAGCCAGGUUUUUUGAUAAAACAGGGAAGUGCAGAGGCAGAUCGGUACAAACAUAUUUAA